CAUCAACCCAUUUCCUGAAAGUUUGUAAACUUGUUUCCUCCUUACUCUGAUCAAGUUCUCUGUCAGAUAUAGUAACAACUUACUUCUCUGAGGUGCUUGUCGUAAAAUAUAGCAUCUUUACUAUUGCUGUGAAUAACAUGGCUGAGGAAAAUCCUGCGGUUGGAAAUGUAAUCAAGGAGCAGGGAACGGCAGCAUCGAACGGCCACUCAGCAGUAGUGGAGGACUCUCAAAACAACCCCCAAGAUACAACCAAGAGCAAGGAGGAUGGCACCAAAACAGUGCCAUAUUACAAGCUUUUCUCCUUUGCUGAUUCCUUAGAUUACCUGUUAAUGUCUAUUGGUACAAUCAGCGCUAUUGGAAAUGGGGUCUGUAUGCCUCUAAUGACCAUAAUCUUUGGAGAUGUGAUCAACUCCUUUGGAGGAAGUGGGAAUAAUAAAGACGUGGUUGAUGCAGUUUCCAAGGUGGCUCUAAAGUUUGUCUACUUGGCGGUGGGAGCUGCUGCAGCUGCAUUUCUACAGAUGUCUUGCUGGAUGGUCACUGGAGAGAGACAGGCUUCUCGAAUAAGAAGUUUAUACUUGAAAACAAUAUUGAGGCAAGAUGUUGGCUUUUUUGAUAAAGAAAUUAACACUGGGGAAAUUGUUGGGAGGAUGUCAGGUGAUACUGUGCUCAUUCAAGAGAAAGCUUACAACUCUGGUGUGCAAGAGGGUUUGGCAUCUGGGUUCGGAAUGGGUUCGGUUAUGCUGAUUAUGAUGUGUAGUUAUGCUCUGGCUAUAUGGUUUGGAGGAAAGAUGAUACUAGAAAAAGGAUAUACAGGAGGGGAAGUCAUUAAUGUAGUUUUCACUGUGUUGACUGGCUCCAUGUCCCUAGGGCAGGCAUCUCCAUGCUUGAGUGCAGUUGCUGCUGGACAAGCUGCAGCUUAUAAGAUGUUUGAGACAAUUGACAGAAAGCCAGAGAUUGAUGCUUCUGACACUAAUGGGCAACGAUUACAUGAUAUCCGUGGAGACAUAGAACUGAGAGAUGUUUAUUUUAGUUAUCCUGCAAGACCAGAUGAACAAAUAUUCGAUGGAUUUUCUCUCUCAAUACCUAGUGGUGCAACUGCUGCUUUGGUUGGAGAGAGUGGAAGUGGUAAAUCAACUGUAAUCAGUUUGAUUGAGAGAUUUUAUGACCCCCUAGCUGGCGAAGUUCUUAUUGAUGGUAUUAAUCUCAAAGAGUUCCAGCUGAAAUGGAUCAGACAGAAAAUAGGCCUUGUCAGCCAGGAACCCGUUUUAUUUACUUGUAGCAUUAAAGAUAAUAUUGCCUAUGGGAAGGAUGGUGCAACCACUGAAGAAAUAAGGGCUGCUGCUGAGCUUGCCAAUGCUGCUAAAUUCAUAGACAAACUGCCUCAGGGACUAGACACAAUGGUUGGUGAGCAUGGAACUCAGCUAUCUGGGGGCCAAAAGCAGAGAGUUGCAAUAGCUAGAGCAAUUCUCAAAGACCCAAGGAUUCUACUUUUAGAUGAAGCCACGAGUGCUCUUGAUGCAGAAUCUGAGAGCAUUGUGCAGGAGGCACUGGACAGAAUUAUGAUCAACCGGACUACUGUUGUUGUAGCCCACCGCUUGAGCACCGUAAGGAAUGCUGACACCAUUGCUGUUAUACAUCGAGGAACAAUUGUUGAAAAAGGUCCACAUUCUGAGCUAAUUAAGGACCCUGAAGGAGCAUAUAGCCAGCUUAUAAGGUUGCAAGAAAUGAGCAGCGUGUCAGAACAGACUGCUGUAAAUGAUCACGAAAGGCUUAGCAGCAUGGAUUCUCGAAGACAUUCAAGUAAAAGAUUUUCAAACUUACGAUCCAUAAGCCGGGGAUCAUCUGGAAGAGGAAAUAGUAACCAUCAUUCCUUCUCAAUCUCAUACGGUGUGCCAAUUGCAGUCGAUGCUCUUGAAACAGCAUCUGCAGGACGUGAUAUUCCUGGCUCAGCAUCAUCAAGAGUGCCUGCAGAAGUCUCACUUCGCCGCCUGGCUUACCUGAACAAGCCAGAGAUCCCAGUAUUAUUACUAGGUACUAUAGCUGCAGCAGUCAAUGGGGUAGUCUUACCUAUUUUUGCGAUAUUGAUAUCCAGUGUAAUCAAGACCUUCUACGAGCCACCUCCUCAACUCCGUAAGGAUUCGAAGUUUUGGGCAUUAAUCUUCAUUGUUCUUGGAGUGGUAACUUUCAUAGCAAUCCCAGCAAAAUACUUUUUUGCUGUGGCAGGGUGUAAUUUAAUAAAACGAGUUCGAUCAAUGUGCUAUGAGAAGGUGGUUUACAUGGAAGUAAGUUGGUUGGACGAUCCUGAGCACUCAAGUGGUGCAAUUGGUGCCAGGCUUUCUGCAGAUGCAGCUUCUCUGCGUGGGGUGGUUGGAGAUGCUCUAGGGUUGCUGGUUGAGAAUUCAGCAACUGCAAUUGCUGGUUUGUGUAUUGCUUUUGUGGCAAAUUGGCAACUUGCUCUUAUAAUCCUGGUUUUGAUGCCUCUAUUAGGAUUAACUGGUUAUGCUCAAGUCAAGUUCUUGAAAGGAUUCAGUGCAGAUGCAAAGAAAAUGUACGAGGACGCAAGUCAAGUAGCCAAUGAUGCAGUGGGGAGUAUUCGAACAAUUGCUUCCUUUUGUGCUGAAGAGAAGGUGAUUGAAUUGUACCAGAAGAAAUGUGAAGGUCCUAUUAAGACAGGGAUAAGACGAGGGUUAAUCAGCGGGAUAGGUUUUGGGCUAUCGUUCUUUUUUCUUUUUUCUGUGUAUGCCUGCAGUUUUUAUGCUGGAGCCCGACUUGUUGCAGCAGGCAAGACAACAUUCUCUGAUGUUUUCCGGGUUUUCUUUGCUCUCGCGAUGACAGCUGUUGGAGUGUCUCAUUCAGGUUCCCUAGCCCCUAAUCUUGGUAAAGUAAAGAGCUCUGCUGCUUCCAUAUUUGCCAUUCUUGACCGGAAAUCGAAAAUAGACUCUAGUGAUGAAUCUGGAACAACUAUAGAAAAUGUGAAGGGAGAAAUUGAACUUCGCCGUGUCAGUUUCAAGUAUCCAACUAGACCUGAUGUACCAAUCUUCCAGGAUCUUUGCUUGACUAUUCAUCAUGGCAAGACAGUCGCUUUGGUUGGAGAAAGUGGAAGUGGGAAAUCGACAGUCGUCUCAUUGUUGCAGAGAUUUUAUGACCCUGAUUCAGGUCACAUUACAUUAGAUGGAUUUGAAAUCCAAAAGCUACAGCUCAAGUGGUUGAGACAGCAAAUGGGACUGGUGAGCCAGGAGCCUGUAUUGUUUAAUGACACUAUCAGAGCCAACAUUGCAUAUGGAAAGGAAGGGAAUGCACCAGAGGCUGAAAUUAUAGCUGCUGCAGAAUUGGCAAAUGCUCACAAGUUCAUCAGUAGUUUACAACAGGGUUAUGAUACAAUAGUAGGAGAGCGGGGUAUUCAAUUGUCUGGUGGACAGAAGCAAAGGGUGGCAAUUGCACGAGCUAUAAUGAAGGCACCAAAGAUACUACUACUAGAUGAAGCCACAAGUGCUCUUGAUGCUGAAUCGGAACGAGUGGUUCAAGAUGCAUUGGACCGAAUCAUGGUGGAUCGAACGACAAUCGUGGUUGCCCAUCGGUUAUCCACAAUAAAGAGUGCGGAUGUAAUCGCAGUGGUGAAAAAUGGAGUCAUUGCAGAGAAAGGAAAGCAUGAAACUUUGAUCGGUGUCAAGGAUGGCAUUUAUGCUUCUUUGGUAGCAUUGCAUGCAAGUGCCUCAUCUUAGAUAGCUUUUAUAUUCCUUUUAUCCAAAGAAAAAGAAAGUAUGUAAUCUAAUUUUAUUCAGAGAGGUAAAUUACCAAUAGGAAUAGAUCUUUUUUUAAUUAUCCUUUGUUCUUGUAAGCUCCACUUGAAGGGCUCAUUCAAUUUCAUGUGUUUUACAUCUUUAAAUAUUGAAGGAAAUGUGGAUAAGGAAAUGUCAUCCAGUUCCUUCUUCCCCAAUUCCUUCUUCCCAAUCCAACUUCAAUUUGAAUUCGAAUUCAAAUUCAGUCUUCAGAUAGAUUUUAAUUCAAUUCAUCCAUGGCGGGCCGAAUCAAACAAUUAGAUAGUCUCUUCGUGCCAUGUUGGAA